UCAAAUUAACACCUCCCUUUCAGUAUUAUUAAUUUCUAUAGAGCUGAAGAAAUUAAUAUUAAUCAAUCAAUCAAAAUGGGGUUGUGCAAGGUUUCAUUUCCUGUAUUAUGUGUGUUGGGGUUGGUCAUGAUUGUGAGUCACGUUGCCAAUGCUCAAGACUCACCAGCAGAUUACGUCAAUGCACACAACGCUGCAAGAUCAGAGGUGGGUGUUCAAAACUUGGCUUGGGAUGACACGGUUGCUGCUUUUGCACAGAACUAUGCUAAUCAACGUAAAGGUGAUUGUCAACUGAUCCACUCUGGUGGUGGUGGCCAAUACGGGGAGAAUCUUGCUAUGAGCACUGGUGACCUAAGUGGCACAGAUGCAGUGAAAUUGUGGGUUGAUGAGAAGUCUAACUAUGACUACAAUUCUAAUUCCUGUGUUGGUGGAGAGUGUCUGCAUUACACUCAGGUUGUUUGGAGAGACUCUGUGCGUCUUGGAUGUGCCAAAGUAGCAUGUGAUAAUGGAGGCACUUUCAUCACUUGCAACUAUGCUCCUCCUGGCAACUAUGUUGGCCAAAGACCCUACUAGGUUGUUACAUUUGUAGCAGCGAGAUGGCUACCAUUUAAGAUGAUGAGUUAUAUACCAUACAUAUUAAGAAUAAAUAAUAGCAUCAUGAAUUUAUAUAGAUUCAUGUUAUGAUAUUUUCCAUCGUAUUGUAAUACAUGUGAGCUCAUAAUUAACUCACACAAAUCAAUAAUAAUGUUACUCUUCAACUUGUCAUGUGUA